UUUUGUUGCUCUUUUGACAAAAGGAUGAGAGGAUGAAGGAAGAUGGGUGCAAGUCCACAGCUUCUGCUGGAACAAGUCAGCUUUUUGGUGAAAAACAAUGGUAUGUCUUGCAGGAGUUACUUCAGAAAAAUUAUGAAGUCCCAGAAGACAAUAUUUCAGAGAAGAAAAUCGUUAAGGAAAGGCAAGAAGUGUUGACAAACAGUAAGCAGCAUCAUCUGUAUGUUAUACAUCCUGUGACCCAGAGAAGCAAAAAAGUACACAGAGUAGGUUCAACCACCUUCUUAAUUGGAAAGACACCCAAAGGAAUACGCAGGAGACAAUUUGAGGAAAUGGUAUCCCACUUUAAUGUGAAAUCAGUAAAAGACCUUGCAGAACAUAUUGUAAAAGCUACAUCAGAAACCAGGCAGAAGAUGUUGAAGGACUUCUAUGUUUCCAAGCAUCCAGACAUGGAAUCUUUCUUUUCACUUGAAAUACCUACAGAAACUUCACAUAACUGUGAGGAAAGAAAAUUUGGUACAACACACUCCAGAAAAAGAAAAUCCAUUGUUAAUUUUGGACGAUCUAAGUCUAGACCUUCAUCAGCUAACAGACUACUUUUGAGUGGAACUACAGAAACGCAGACCCAGGAGAGCCAUAAAGGAGAAGCAGAACAGCUUCACAAGGACUCCUACUUGCAAGAUAUGUUUGUUGAUGCAAAAUAUAAACAAUCACCCAGUGUUGCUACUCAACAUAACCAAAGAAGAAACAGUCAGGCAUUCAAGGAUUUUAUGGCAUCUGGCUCAUUAAGCAGUAAAUCAGAAAUAAUUGAGGUGCUGCCUGUAAAAAGUUGUGAAGGACAGCAAGACUCAGAAGGAGCACAGCUGCCAAAAAAAAGAUCCCUGUCUCAGUCAGAAAAUGUAGAGAGAAAAGCUCAGAUUUGCAAGAAAAAUUCUUUUAUGGACUUACUUGGAGAUACCUCUAUUCUUGAUGAAAUAUUCAGAAAUGAUGGAAAGGUAUCUACAGGAUCACCAAGGAGAUUCUCUUCAGGACAAGCAGAAAAAUCAAAGGGGAGACCAAAAGAUUUCUGGGAUAUGCUGAAUGAACAGAAUGAGGAGAGCCUGAGAAAGCUCACAGAUAUAACAGUCAUAGAGAAGCUUUGUGAAAGAGUCCCUCAUUCCACAGUGACAGGGGAGAGAGAAGUGUGUGAAAGUUCUCUUUGGAAAAGAAAUGAAACUUUUUUGUGGAAAAAAUACAGUGCAGAUGAUUGAGAUGAACUAUUCACUACUAAAUCUUGUAAUGUAGUAAAAUAGAAGUUUUCUAUGGAAGUUACACUAUAACUAUUUUAUUUGAACUUUGACAGCAUUAUGCCACAAAACAUGGUAAUUCCAUGAAAUUAAAGGUAAAAUGAUUAAUUCCUAUUUAUAGUGAUACAGAAUUACAUUUUACAAGUGUGAUUAUGAAUGAAAUUACAUAUGCAGGUUAAUAUAUAGUACAUAAGUGCAUAGUCAUGAAUAUGUACUAUAUAUUGUAGCCUAUAAUAUAUGAUGAUUUUAUAUUAAAGAUUUUUAGAAUUUUCUGAUUGCACUUUGCUUUCUUUAAUUCUGAUUAUAUUCCUAGGCGCAAUAGAAGUACUAAGUAAUUUUUUCCCUUUACUUAAAUUUGGAUGUUGUCAGUCAUCCCAACACAAUGUAGAGAUAACAGGAUUUAACAAUGAUAAUGCAUAUAUUUUCUGAGGUGGUAGAGACUGGACGAGUUCCUGAGACAGGGAUGAUGCCUGUGUCUAGUAGCUUCAGUCUCUGAAGCUGUGGACCUUUGAAAUCUUCAUAGUAUCCUAUAAAAGUGAGUUUCUUAGCUUGGUUGAUGUAAAGAACCAAGUUUUUUUUAUUUGAUCUUUCUCAUUAAAUGAUGUGUUAAAUUUUAUCUCAUUACUCUUUCAUUUCCCGUUUUUUAUUUUUAUAGACUUCUGUCAUGUUUUUGUCAGGGAAUAUGCAGCACAUUAUAUGUGCAAGAAAUACACAAUACAGUGUAUAUGGAGUAAGGAAUUUUAACAUCUUGACAAGUUAUUAUCUUAUGUGUGGAAUGCUGGAUGUAAUAAAAUUUCCAAAUUAAAACUAUUCUUCACGGAUUGGAAGGGUGCAAGAUACUCAGUGUCAUAUCUCAUUUGCCAAGUGGUCUGUCACAUUUUUCAGUGCUAUAAGAUUGAAAGAGCACCUUGUAACACAUAACUAGAAGAGAACAGGGCUUCGUGUUGCUCUGGAAAUCUUAACCCUAAUAUUUGAUUUUUGUAAGCAUUAGUAUACAGGUUUACAUUGAGUAUACUGUAUAAAUUGUUUUUAUGAAGGGUAAAUGUUAUGAAAUUUUAAAACCCUGGACGCUGAACCUGCACAGCAGCAGUCUGUGAAUGGUGAUAGUUUUUGUGGUCUGAAAGACUACCCACUGGAAAAUAAGCUUAAAUUUGAUCUGGGACAGCUUCUACUUUAGGUCACGGGAAGCUGUGGUAGACUACACUCUGUCUCUCUGGUAACCAUUGUGAACAUAUUAGGAGUGGAAACCACCUAAAAUCCUGAGUGUGAUAUCUGACUUAAAUACCUGAAACAGGGAGCUGAGUAUCUUGUGUGAAUGUUAAGUAAUAAAAGCUUUACAGGUAGCUAACAUAAGUAAGAUUAAUGUGUUCCCUAACUUUCUCUUACUCUGAAUUUAUGCUUUUACUACUUUAUUAUAGCAAAUGAUAUAAUGGUCAGUUGGAACACCUUUUCAACAAAAAGUAUGAACUAAGAAAGAAAAGAAUCAGCUAUGAAUCUGUUAGUCAUUGAUACGUUUGUAUUAUGUACAGCUAAAGAAAGUCAUCUUAAGCCAAGGAAUACCGACACCCUUGUUGAUGUUAAUAAACCUGAGAUAAAUUCA